AUGACGGUAAAAGCUCAUAAUGGAUUGGAUGUCCUAAUGCAACUGGACAACAAUCAGAUCAGCUGCAUUGAAGAUGGAGCUUUCCGAGCCCUCCGUGACUUGGAGAUUCUUACCCUCAAUAACAACAACAUCUCACGCAUCCCUCUCACCAGCUUCAACCAUAUGCCAAAGAUCAGAACCUUGCGGCUUCAUUCCAAUUAUUUAUACUGCGAUUGUCACCUGGCAUGGCUUUCGGAUUGGCUGCGUCAGAGGCGAUCGGUUGGACAAUUCACCUUCUGCAUGGCACCUGUUCACUUGAGAGGGUUUAAUGUAGCUGAUGUUCAGAAAAAAGAAUAUGUCUGUACAGGUUCACAUGCUGAACCACCACCCUGCAAUGCCAAUUCUGUCAAUUGCCCGUCUGCUUGCACUUGCAGUAAUAGUAUUGUGGACUGUCGAGGAAAGGGCUUAACUGAACUUCCAGGCAACCUACCAGACAAUAUAGUGGAAAUCCGUUUAGAGCAGAAUUCCAUAAAAGCCAUUCCUCCUGGAGCCUUCUCUCAAUACAAGAAACUUAAAAGAAUUGAUAUCAGCAAGAAUCAGAUAUCAGAUAUUGCACCAGAUGCUUUUCAUGGACUGAAAUUACUCACCUCUCUAGUGCUUUAUGGAAAUAAGAUCACAGAGAUUCCCAAGGGCCUUUUUGAUGGGCUUAUAUCUUUGCAGUUAUUGCUUCUCAAUGCAAAUAAGAUCAACUGCCUGAGAGUAAACACAUUUCAAGAUCUGCAUAAUCUUAAUUUGUUAUCUCUCUAUGAUAAUAAACUUCAGACUAUCAGCAAAGGACUUUUUGCUCCUCUUCAGACAAUUCAAACAUUGCAUUUAGCUCAAAAUCCAUUUGUGUGCGACUGCCAUUUGAAGUGGCUGGCUGAUUACCUGCAGGAUAAUCCAAUAGAAACCAGCGGAGCUCGAUGCAGUAGUCCGCGUCGUCUUGCCAACAAACGAAUCAGCCAGAUCAAGAGCAAGAAGUUCCGUUGCUCAGGUUCAGAGGACUACAGGAGUAGAUUCAGUGGGGAGUGUUUUAUGGACCUCAUCUGUCCUGAGAAAUGCCGCUGUGAGGGAACAUUUGUGGACUGUUCCAACCAAAAGCUUACUAGGCUCCCCAGCCACCUUCCAGAAUAUACCACAGAUCUUCGUCUACACGAUAAUGAUAUUUCAAUUCUGGAAGCUACUGGAAUAUUCAAGAAGCUCCCUAGUUUACGAAAAAUAGGAGCAAAAGAGACUAAAGCCAUCCUAGAUGCCUUUGAUGUCUUUUUCAGACCCUCUAAAAAUGUCAUAUAUGAGAUAUAUAUAUUUGGUAGCUGUAAGCAAGAAGAAGUUGAAGCAAUAGACAGUUUUGUCACACAGCUAAGAGAAAAAGGUGCAAGCUGUGAUUAUGGCUCUCUAAGAGAUGAACUUAUUCAUGAUAAAAUAGUUCUGG